ACGUUAAGGUAGGUUGUUUGGUACCUGGUAAGAAGUAUUGUAUUGUAGACGCUAAGAUAAGGCCCACUAAAUCUUCGAUCCUUAUCGCCAACGGAAAUUUCGAACGGAGGAUCCGACAACGAAAUAUCCGUGGUAUUGGAUAUCAGCCUCAGUCGACAGUUGACAGUUGACCGGAGCCCCCUCGACAGUAGAACCACCCGCCCAUCAUGGCUCUGAGGGUCAAUUCGAUAACAGCCCAAUUCACAAGGCUGCCCCUCAGCCCCCUCGGCACCCUGACUAUAUCAUGCAUCGGCAUACGCUUCAAGUCCACGGCUCCGACCAAAGAGAAGAGGGAAAAGGAGAUAGCCGCCGCCCAGUUUCCACCGCAUCAUGGCGAGAAGAUAUGGAUGUUCAGUCACAUAUUGGACGGGAUGAUGGUAUACUCGCAUAGGCCCGUGCUCAAGGCGAACAAGUCGCUACGGCAGAUCGCCUUCACCGGCAAGAAGCUCAAGCCCAGCAAGUUCCGAAAGGACUACUGGCGGCCCUUCGCCUUGAUACAAUUCCCCGAGGGCUUCGGCGCCGUGGGCCGGAGCGUGUACGCGCGCCUGCGGGAGUGCAAGAAGCUCCACGAGCUGUCGUGGAGCGACGAGAUGCUCUUCGACAAGAACGGACACCCCCUGACGAAGCUCGAGCGGGGCGCCAAGGUCAACGACCUCAAGACCUCCACCAUCGCCGACGUGGCCGCCGUGCUCAGGGGUCUGGGCAAGGGUAACAAGAUCUGGGUGCCUAUGACGGAUGAUCCCAAUAUCCUGGUCAAUCUGGACGCGGCCGACGAGAAGAACCUCAAGAAGGAGGAGGACGGUAGCGUUAAGGCUCGCCUCAAGGUCCAGAUCUGGUGGCGCGACGAUAAGGAUCGCCACUUCGCUGAGAGCUGGCCUCCCAACGUUUCACAUUACCGCUUCGACCAGGCUGCCGUAGAGGAGAUGGGUACGGCAGAAGAAGAGAACCCGGAAGAAAACCCGGAUGCAAAGGAGGAGGAGGAGGCGAAAGAAGGCCAGGAGCAGGAGGGAACAGAAAAGGAGGGGGCUGAGAAAGAGGGGACGGAGAAGAAGGCGGCAGACAGCGAGGCGGCAGAUGAGAAGCCAGCUGACCAACAAAAAACAAGUCAAAAGACGACGGAUCAAAAGGGCGCAGAUCAAAAAUCAGCAGAUCGAACGAACUCUGUAUAAAAGCUGUAUAAAAACUAGGGUAUCCAGUCUUGCUCUUGUUACAGUCUGAACAGAGUAUAAAAAUCAACGAACCCUAUACUCUCGCCACACUUCACAAAAUCUAGAGAUACUGUAUUCAAUUGUACCAUCAUCUACCUUAUAUCUGUGUACAUAGACCCU